AUGGGCAAUGACGGUGGCAGCAUUCCGGACAGGCGCGACCUUGUGAAGAGCAAGAAGAAGGCCGAGCAGGCCGACAAGAACAAUCAGACCCGUGCUCGAUGGUUCUACUGCGCGUUGUCUAAGGCGCCACUUGUUGAACCCAUAGUGUCAGAUGCCUUGGGUCAGCUGUAUAACAAGGAUGCAAUAUUGGAGUUCCUACUAGAUCGAGGGGCAUAUGGCGACGGUGAAGAGAUAUGUGGGCAUAUUAAGUCACUGAAGGACGUCAAGACGCUGAAGCUUACUCCUGUGACGUCUGUUCGUGAGGGCGCAUCCGAGGAAGACGUGCCCAAAUUCCAGUGCCCGCUCUCCCAGAAGGCGAUGACCGGCCAUGUCCCCUUUGUCUACCUCGUACCCUGCGGAUGUGUCAUGUCACAAGCAGGCUUCCGCGCUCUGUCUACGACACCUCCAGCUUCUCCAUCUGGCGGCCCACAACUCGACGUCUGCCCUCAAUGUGCGACCAAGUUCGAUCGUGAGAAGGACGUACGCCAGAUCAACCCGCCAGAGGAAGAGUCGACAAGACUGCGUCUCGCUCUUGCUGCUGCAAAGGCGCAGAAGAAGAGCAAGAAGCGUAAGUCGGAAGCGGUUUCCGAUGACCCUCCUUCCAAGGUGGCGAAGAAGGGGACUGACAAGGAGAGCGGUCACCUCGUGGCGAGUCGCGCUGUGCAGAGUAGUUUGGCUAUGGAGGAGGCCAAGCGGAAAGCGAGCAUGUCAGACGCUGUCAAGAGUUUGUACGGCGACCCGACGAAGAAGCGCAAGGAGACAUUCACAACAAUGGGCACCUUCACCAGAUACGCAUAA